AUGUACACGCUCAAACAAGACCGCCCGCAUCCUGUCCCACCACCACCGCCUCUCACCAUGGAUCACCUCCAGCAUGGCUAUUCCACCAACACACCCGUUACUCUUCCUGGCAUCCCAGAGGCUGCCAGAUCUGUUUCCACGGUUUACGAAGGUCGCAUCUACUCCCUCGAUGUCGUCCAGCAACCCAUCCGCGCGAGAAUGUGCGGCUUCGGCGACAAAGACCGGAGACCUCUUACCCCACCACCCUGUAUUAGGCUGAUAGUCCGCGAUGCUACCACCCAGAAGGAGAUUGAUAUCAACGAGAUCGACACCUCAUUCUACGUCCUGACCGUCGACUUGUGGAACGCUGAGGGGACCAGCGAGGUCAACCUCGUCAGACACUCGGCUACAUCUCCUUCUAUCUCUACCGCUACCUCCUCCGCCUACCCGCCUCCUGCCAACAUCAUGCCUUUCCCCCAAUAUGCCCAGGCCCACGGAUACCCGCAAACCGCAUACCCGCCCUACUACGGUGGACAACCAGGCUACAACCCUCACGCUGGCUACCAAUAUCCCCAGGGAGGUCCCGAUCCAUAUUACCCGGGCCUCCCAGCUGCUAGCACCUACUACCCUCCAGGCACGCCCACCCAGGCCCUUGGACCCCAGUCUGCGCUGGGCCCGCACAUUUCAAGUGCGUCCACGGGCAUGUUUACCCGCAAUCUGAUCGGCAGUCUGAGCGCCAGUGCCUUUCGCCUGACGGACCCGGAUGACAAAAUCGGUGUCUGGUUCGUCUUGCAGGAUCUCAGCGUUCGCACUGAAGGCUCGUUCCGACUAAAAAUGAACUUCGUCAACGUUGGCACCCAGAGCCAGGCCCAGGACCAAUCACCCGGCGGAACUCCGUCCAGCCCCGUGAUCAAUGUUGGUUCGGCACCUGUGCUGGCCUCGGCCUUCUCGGAGGUUUUCCAGGUGUACUCCGCCAAGAAGUUCCCGGGUGUCAUCGAGAGCACACCGUUGAGCAAAUGCUUCGCGUUUCAGGGUAUUAAGAUCCCCAUCCGUAAGGAUGGGGUGAAAGGACCCCGCGGUGGACAGUCACAUGGCUCCAAAGGCCAGGAUGGAGAAGGGGAAGAUUGGGAGAAUGAAGGGUGA